AUGUGCAUGGACCGACCCCCGGUGCCGGCCAAGAAGAUCUGGCUCGCCAUCGCCUCCCGCCUCGGCCUCCGGCCAACAGCCGGGCUGAGGAAGCUGAGGAAGGAGGUGAGGACGUGCGAGUACCGCGACGUGCACAUCAUGUGGGAGAUGCUGAGGGAGAUGGACUCCCCGGUGCCCCUGGAGGAGAAGGAGGCCGCCGCCGCCGCGGCCGUCGCGGCGGCCGCCGGCGCCAGGAAGAAGAAGGCGGCGUGGAGCCGCUUCGUCUACUACUGCUGCGCCUUCUGA